AUGCUCACUAAAAGUCAUCUUACGUUAGGUAAACCACAACGAUUUCUUUAUCGUAUUCAUCGCUAUGCAACAUCGGAUUCGAAAAGAAAAUCUGAUGAUUACAAUUGUUUAAAAGCAAGUAUUUUACCAACAGAUCAUUUUCAAUAUAGUUUACCACGUUUACCAAUACCAAAAUUAGAAUUAACAUGUGAACGUUAUUUAUCUGCUGUUAAACCAAUACUUAACAAUGAUGAAAAAUCAUUUGAACAAACACGUCAAUUAGUUGAAGAUUUUCGUUCAGGUGAUGGUAAACGACUUGACGCACAAUUACGUCAAAUCAAUCAAUCUAAUCGUCAUACAUCAUAUAUAUCAAAACCAUGGUUUGACAUGUAUUUAAAAUCUCGUUUACCACUUAUAUUAAAUUUUAAUUUUUUUCUUGUAUUAACUGAUGAUCAACAACAAUUAAAACCUGCUGCACGUAUUACAAAUUAUAUUAUAUCAUCUGUACGUUUUAUGAAUGCUCUUCGAGCUAAUACACUUGAUCCUGAAGUCUAUCAUUUAAAUCCAAAAAAAACUAAUAAUGAUCAAUUUCGUAAAUUGGUUAAAUAUAUACCAAAAAGUUUUUCAUUCUAUGGUGCUAUUCUACAAAAAGCUUAUCCAUUAGAUAUGUCACAAUAUAAUCGUUUAUUUAAUUCUACACGUAUACCAAAAAAAGAUUGUGAUAUACUUAAAACCAAUAAUGAAAAUAUUCGACAUAUUAUUGUUAUUAAACAUGGUCAUUAUUAUAAAGUAAAUAUUUUAGAAGAAAAUGGCGAACUUUUAUCAGCAGAAAAAUUAGCAUCAAUUAUGAAAUAUUUAUGUGAAGAUUUAAAUGAAGAAGAAAAUAAAUAUCCAUUUGGAUAUUUUACAGCUGAUAAAAGAGAUAGAUGGGCAACAAUACGUGAACAAAUUGAAACUUUAUCUGAACAUAAUAAACAAAUGUUUAAAGAAAUUGAUAGUUCAAUUAUGGUUGUAUGUUUAGAUGAAGAUGAUCCAUCAAAAUUAAAUAAAUCUCUUAGUAAAGAAGAACGUACGAAAUAUAUAUCUGGAAAAUAUUUAUGUAACAAUGCAUCAAAUCGUUGGUUUGAUAAAUCAUUUAAUAUGAUUAUGUUAUCCGAUGGUACAUUAGGUCUUCAUUGUGAACAUUCAUGGGGUGAUGGUGUUGCUCUACUUCGUUUUUGUAAUGAUAUUGAUCAAGAUGCAAAUGAACAUAAAAAAAUUACUUCAUCAAAUUAUCAAUCAAUUAAAUCAACUACAUAUGAUUGUAUUGAAAAACUUGAAUUUAAAUUAGAUGAUCAAUUAAAAAAUGAAUUUAAAACAUCAAAACAAAAUUAUAAUGAAUUUGUAUCAAAAUUUAAUGUUGAUGUUUAUCAAGAGCCUGUUCUAGGAAAAAAUUUAUUAAAAAAAUCUGCUCUUAGUCCUGAUGCUAUUAUGCAAUUAGGUAUUCAAAUGGCUUAUUAUAAAUUACAUCAUCGAUUUGUUUCAACUUAUGAAUCAUGUUCAACAGCUGUUUAUAAACAUGGUCGAACAGAAACUAUUCGACCUGUUACAAAUGAAACGAAAAGCUUUAUUGAAACAUUAACAAAAUCAAAUGAUAAUCAAUUGAAAAAAGAUUUAUUAAAAAAAUCUUCAGAAAAACAUCAACAAUUAAUAAAAGACGCAGCAACAGGACAAGGUUUUGAUCGACAUUUAUUUGCAUUGAAAUAUUUACAAGAAAUGGAAAAUAAAGAAGCAUUACAUCGAAUUUAUAAAGAUAAAUCAUAUCAAUUAAUGAAUCAUACAAUUCUUUCAACAUCAACUGUUGCAUCAAAACAUAUUGCAGCUGGCGGUUUUGGUCCUGUUGUUAAUGAUGGAUUUGGUAUUGGAUAUUUAAUUGAUGAUGAUCAAUGUGGUUUAUUAGUUUCAUCAUAUAUACCAAAAGAAUUAAAUAAUUUUAUGCAAGCAGCAAAAGAAAGUUAUGAAGAACUAGCAAAAAUUAUUAAAGCAUAA